AUGAGCGUGGCUUGGCUGCAUACACUGGUGUUGCAUCAUACGCCCGAGCCUUCAUUGGGGGCGUUGAAUGUGGCACACUCUCAAAGCCAGCAUGCAGGCAGAACGGCACGCAACGUCUAUGGCCGCACGCAGCUCGAUCACAAGUUUGUGUCCAGUGAAGCACAGUAUGGCCACCAGUUUGUGUCUGAAGAAUGGCACAAGCUCAUGAAGCUGGUAGAUGUAGAGGAUCAGAUCCAAGCCGAGGCCGUGGAUGGGCAGACCUGCGUGCAACAAGUGGUUCAUAAACAGGUGGUCAUCCAGUCGUCUCGGGUCAGAAACGUCAGCACACAGGUGCAAGCGACCGUGGGCACGCAAACAGAUCCCGAGGUUGAAGCCUGCCUUGAUGCUGAGGAUGACAUUGACGAUAUCAUUGCCGGUUUGGAUUUAGACGAAGCCGAGGCAGCCGAAUCGUCCAUGCCAGUUGCCGUGCCGCGAGCCGUGAAAGAGGCUGCGUCGACGGCCUUGCAGCAAGAGCCAAGCCAGCACAAUGACCAAACGCAACAACAAGAGUAUGAGGAUCAGAUUUGGCUAGCUCAAUGUGUGCGGCAAGCGUGGAAGACAACAUUUCGCGACUGGGAUCAGUAUCGAUUGGCACAGGCUGUGACUCGGCACGAGGCCCAGGACGGCUGGCUGUUGGCCGUGGCCCCGACUGGCAUGGGCAAGACGCGGUGUACACUCGCUCACCUCCAGCCACGCAAGGUCGUGGUGUGGAUAGCCCCGCUUCGUGAGCUUGCCAGAGACUGGUGCCGCCGCUUCGAGCAGGCUGACAUUGUAUCGCAGUGGGCUAAGAAUGAUGGCCGUGACACGCAAGUCAACGUGCAAGUGGUUGUCAUGACGGUCGACUUUUUGGUUGGCCAUGGGAUGAUGUGGGUGCAAACUCUCGUGCAGCAAAAGCGUCUGGCCAUGCUGGUGAUGGACGAGGUUCACACAAUGCUCGUGGACACCAGCUAUCGAGAGAGUCUUGUUCGCUGCCCAGGCCGGCUGGACCAUCUUCGCCAAAACCCAUCCGUCAAGUGUGUGGGCCUGACUGGCACGCUUUGCCCCAAAGAUGAGCGGGCUCUGCUCCAACAGCUGGAUUGCACGGAGGACGCUUCGUACCAGACCUUUCGUAUGCCAACCAUGCGAACCGAUCUUCGGCUAGGGGUGCAACAAGGAACAACAAAGGCAUUUGAGAUGUUUGUGAAACGCCACUACGGCCUGUUGGAGCAAGAGGGCCGCGUGGAUCGCAUGCUGAUAUUUUGUGACACGAAGAAGCAGGUUGAGGCAUUGUCGACUCAGUUGGCACGCACGUUGGGUCACGAGCAGUCGCUGGCCGUGGAUGCUGACAUGUCAGCCGAAGACACACGGGUCGCUCUUGAGCAGUGGAGGAGCGGCACGCAGAGUCUGGUCUUGGUGGCCACAAGCUGCUUGGGCGCGGGCUUGGACAUGCCCAACGUCCGGAAGGUGAUCUGGUUUGGCAGCGGCUACAACGGCUACACCUUGUCGCAGGCCUUUGGCCGGGCUGGCCGCGACCGACGGGUGGCGAGGCCACGCUAUGGAUACCACCAGGCACAGCGGUUUCGGAAGACCUGCAGCCAUUUGCAAGCAUGA